UGAAACGUAUGCUUAGGGCCCUUAGGACUCCCCUUUUCCGGCGACUUCCAUCGCCAGCCCGACAGUUUCCACCUGGCCCCCUUCUCGACUCAAUGGACAAAGUGGAGGAGGAAAAGCUAGCAUGGCAUUCCCACGAUAACUUCUUUCCUGUCAAGAUCGGCGAUGUCUUUCAGUCGAAGUAUCAAGUGGUUGGGAAAAUAGGCUAUGGCGGAUAUUCAACAGUGUGGCUUUGCAGAGAUUUAGAGUACAGAGAGCACGUUUACGUCACAUUGAACUAUAUAAACGUUUACGAACAUCUCAAAAGUCUCAAAUCCGGCCACACUGGUACUGUUCUCGUGCGAACUGUGUUGGAUAAAUUCCAUCUCAGCUCAACCGAUGGCUCCCACUUCUACCAAUGUCUUGUUCACCCACCCUUAGGCAUGAAUAUACAAGAAAAGAACAUUAUGCUCAAUAUUGAAGAUGAAUCGAUUCUUGUUGACUUUGAGAAGGCCGAGAUAUCAAACCCAAGUCCACGUAAAGUGGUCGGUGAUCGAGUAAUAUAUCAUUCUCGAAAUUUAGGCAUUCCAAAAAAACAUGGACGCCCCGUACUUUCAGACUUCGGCGAGGCUCGCUUUGGGUCAGAGUCGGGCACAUAUUGCGAUGAUGUACAGCCAUUUAUGUAUCGGGCCCCGGAGGUACUACUUCGCAUGCCCUGGAAUGAAAAGAUCGACAUUUGGAACCUUGCAGUCGUGGCCUGGGACCUAUUCGAACAAGGCCAUCUUUUCUACGCUCAGGAUGAAAACAAAAGAGAAUCGGAUAGUCACCAUCUUGCUGAAAUGAUUGCGUAUCUGGGGCCACCGCCACGUGAUAUGCUUGAGAAAAGCGAAUAUGCAAAUAAGUAUUUUGAUAAUAGCGGAAAAUGGAAGUGCCUUGCUGAAAUCCCGCCUACGUCUUUAGCGGACAUUGAAAGUAACUUAGAGGGCGAGCAGCAAGAGAAUUUUCUCCGUUUCAUACGUAAAAUGCUUCAGUGGCGACCAGAAGAUCGACCUACUGCGAAAGAGUUAUUAUCUGGCCCUUGGCUAAGAGGAGGAUAUAACCGAGAGUAG